AUGGUCCUCAAAAGUAUUCUCUUACCAUGUCUCCUCUUAUCCUUCCUUCCUUUUACGGGCGCCGUUCCCAAUAGAUUCAAACAUUGGUAUCCCUUCUACGGGCUCCUUCUUGAAGCCGCACUACGCAACAACUGCUCAGAGGAAUACAACAACUUCCUCCACACGCAGUCACCAAACUCGGACUGGUCUAAAGUCGGAGUCUCAGGGGGCAGCCCGACAAAUGCAGCCUUCACAGGUCCUGUUAUCAGCUGUAUUCUUGAGGCCCUUCCAGAAGUCACCAAAGCCGACAUGGCAGCCGCGAGCGUCCUACUUGGCCUUAUGCCUACGAUCUUAGCAGUCGCCGGCUCCAUACUGCAGUACACCGAUUUUGGUCACUAG